CCAUCGAAUGAUUCAAUUUCAACCACUUGUGUACCUGAACAUUCAGAAAUACUAAGAAUGUCAUUAAGCAGCAAGCAAAUAAAGUUAGAUUCGGCUUUUGCUACACAAAAGUCAUUCUCAGAAGGAGGAGAAAGAUCCAAUGAUAUCUCGAAUGGUAUUCUAUUUUUUAUUGCAAAAAACAACAUACCAUUUGAUGUCGUGGAUACAGAAGGUUUUAGAGUGUUAAUGCACAAGACAGCUCCACUAUAUCAAGUACCCAGUAGAAGAACAAUCACAAGACUUACAACAGAGAAAUACAAAGUAUUAUCUUCGAUUAUCAAAGAAGAACUUGCUACUACGGAAAAUAUUUGUUUAACCACGGACGUAUGGACAGAAUCCGGAAAUACGAAACGUUUUCUAGGGCUUACAGCACACUACUUAGUAAAUAAUACACAAAGGAGGGUUGUAAUAGGUGUAGAAGAAUUAAGUGAGCGCCAUACAUCUGAGUAUUUAGCUGAAAAAUUGGUGCAAUUUACAUCAGAAUGGAAUAUCAAGAAAGAAAAUAUAAUAGCAAUAAUAUCUGACAGUGCUGUUAACAUUAAAAAAGCGAUUAUAGAUGCUUGAGGGAAAGCAUCUACCUUGCUUCGCACGCCUUUUAAAUUUGGUAUCAUCCAAAAUUAUUAAAAACGAUGAAGUUAUAAGUCCUUUAAUCAGCAAAAUUAAGAGUAUCGUAACUUUUUUAAAAAAUCUGUGAUAGCGGCCGAUAAGCUGAGAAAAAAUGUAGGAAAAAACUUAUUCAAAGCAUCGAAACUCCGUGGAACUCAACGUAUGAGAUGCUCUUAAGAUUUGUCGAGUUAGCUGAUAAUAUUACUGUAAUCUUACUUCAAAUUGAUAAUGGUCCAGAUAUGCUAACUGCAUCUGAACUGAAAACUGUUAAAGAGUUUUGUACAUUAUUGGAGCCAUUUUAUCAUGCAACCCAAAUCAUUUCCAAAGAAAAAUAUUUCACAGGAAGCAAAACGAUCCCAGUUAUCAGAACUAUAAAGAGUAAAUUAACCAGUAUAAUGACCAGUACAGAAUCGGGAUCUAAAAUGAAGAAUCUUUUAAUAGAAGAGUUUUGUAAGAGGUUUGAGAACAUCGAACAAAUGUCCCUUUUAGCGAUUGCCUGCUUGUUAGAUCCAAGAUUUAAAAAAUUACAUUUUGAGAAACAUCUUUCUUAUGCAAAUGCUGUAAAGAAAUUGACUAAAAUAUGAAAUUCAACUGAUAAUAGAACGUGCGAAAAAGAAAACAAUGCAGUCAAUCAAACAGGUCUCGAUAACAACGACUUUUGGUCGUUUCAUAAAAGUGUUGCUGAUUUAAGCAAAAGUAAAAAAAUCGAAGUUGUGGAUAAAAAUGAAAUGCCUGCAGAUCUGAAGUAUUAUUUAGAUCAACCCGUAGAAGAAAUUGAUUGUAAUCGAAUUACUUUUUGGGAUAGAUACCGCGAUGCUGCUCUAUGUAAAAUCGCAAGGCGCUACUUAACAAUUAUCUCUACUUCAGUUCUAUCAGAACGUUUAUUUUCAGAAGCGGGAAAUAUCAUCAAUGACGCGAGAAAUAAAUUGUCUAGCGAACACCUGCAGCAAUUAUUAUUUUUACAUUCACUUUCAUUCGAGGAAUGGAAAAUAUAAACAAACUGUUUAAAAUGUAAA